AUGCGUAUUCCGUUCUGUCAAGUGGUAUCAGAGCCAGCUUGGGAGGAAGAGGAGGUCAUAAGGCUACAAGGGGUACUUAGGGACACACCUGUGCUUUCAGCUGAAGCAGAGGAUUCUUGUUUAUGGCUGGCCAAUCCAUCAGGUUCAUACUCUGUGGCUUCGACAUGGAAGUGGUGGGUGUUGUUGAAAGAUCCUGUUGUAGAUGUUGCUGUUAUGUUGUGGAAGAAUAUUGCCCCACCCAAGGUGAAGUUCUAUAGCUGGUUAGCUUGGAAAGACAGACUUAAAACUUCAUCUUUUUUGAAAAGGAUUAGAGUGUUGAAUAUGGAAGCUAGCUCAGUGUGUCUGUUGUGUAGAAUAGAGGAGGAGACAAUUAACCAUCUGACACUAUCAUGUCCGGUGGUAUGGAAUUUGUGGUCAGAUAUGGUGAAAUGGUGGGAUCUGGUUUGGGUAUUACCGGGGUCAAUUGAGGCAUUGUUGCAUUGGUGGGCUGGUUUUAAAUUCAAAAAGGUGAUCCAACCAAUGUGGAAAGUUGUCCCCUUAGCUGUUAUGUGGUCAAUUUGGAAAGCUAGGAAUGAUUGCCUUUUUAAUGAUAAGAUUGUUGAUGGGCCUGAAUUGGCUGAGAUGGUGAAACUGAGGGUUGCACUUUGGUGUAAGCAAAGUUAUAGAGACCUACAGUAUUCAGUGGAGGACAUUGUCAAUAAUCUGGAUAGGAUCAAAGUCUGA